AUGGGCUUCAUGGACAAUGUCAAAUCGUUCUGGCAUUCUGUUGUCACAGAUGACCACUAUGCGCUGUACGGCUCGCCUUAUAGCAACUCCACUGCGGGCGGCUCGCUCGACGCGUCCACCACCCGUCUCCACGAGCUAAACAAUUCACUGACCCAUUCUCUUGCCAGUUCCCGUAACGGAAGCUCUACUAACAUCGGCUACCGCCCUGGGAUGCGCUCGGCAACCAACUUGAACCAAAACACCGAGAUGCAGACUUUUGCUAACGGCCAACCUCCUUUGCCUUCGAUCGACUCGUUGUGGAGCCGUAUCGAGGCGUUUUUGGAAGAGGAGUACCCUGAGCUCGAGGACAACUUGAAUGCUGGUGCAUCCUCUGCUGAUUUGAACGAAUUCGAAAAGGAUUUGGCCGUGGGCCCCUUACCUGUCGAAUUCCGCCAGUUCUACAAAAUCCAUGACGGCCAGUUGCGUGGCGGCAAACCUACAGGCUUGCUCAUGGGCUUGACGCUCUUGGACAUGGAGAGUAUUGCUGAGGAAUACGCGCUUUGGGCUAAAGUAGCUGAGCGUGUCGAAAAACAGUACAUGACUUUGCAACACCAACAGCAGCAGCUUCAAAGCACAGAGGCUCUGAGCGCUGCAUCACAGGCUCUUCGUGGUCGUCUCUCCAACAACUACCUCAUGCACCAAAAGUCUGUGCCACCACAUGCAGUGCAGUCAUAUUACAUUCACCGUGGCUGGGUGCCAAUUGCAAGAGACUUGUAUGGUAACUUAUUGGGCCUCGACAUGGCACCGGGUCCAGCUGGGUGCGUGGGUCAAAUUAUCUUGUACGGCAGAGACUUUGAUACCAAGAUUGUUGUAGCAUCCAGCUUUCAGGAGUUGGUGUUCCAGUUUGUUUGCGAUUUGGAGGCAGGAAACUUCCAGAUCGACAAGUCUGAAACGGCAAAUGAUAACGGAUUUUUGGACUCCUCGCGUGAUGAUGACUACAUGGUAGGCGAUGAGGACGAAGACAAUGGCGAGCUUUCCUUUUAUGACCGUACAGGUGCCGAAUUUGGCAAGUCCAACCAAGGCAAAUUCACGUACAUCGAAGUGUUGAAGCGUCGUGCAUUGAAGCGUCACGGAAUAACAAAUGUGGACUCUUUCCAGACUGCCUUCACCCCUCAGAGGUUAGCUCGCAAGAAACUGCCUGAAACUUCUACUCCACGGGCUCUGACUCCAGCAGAAUCCGAGUUGCUCAAGGAAACACUCAUUGACGACACUAUCAAGAAGGACAAGGAUGUAACAGACAGCGCUAAAGCUGAUUCUGAACAAACUGCAGCUACUGAAAAUACAAAAGUUGCGGACGUCCCUCUAGUGGAGACCAUAACGGAUGCCGAGCAGGCCAAAACUGAGCCAAUUCCAGAGACAGCUACCGAAGACGUUUCAGGCGCUCCGGAGCAGGCCCUGGAACCUGCCGAAAAUGCUGAGCCAGCUGAGCAAAAAGCAGAAGAAAUCGCUCUUUGA